AUGAGUCGUCUCGUCUUGGUCAAGGUCCAGGAAUGCUACCUCGGCGUGGCGAAGAAGCUCGUCCGUGAUGUCGAAGAGAGCAUUGUGAGCGCAAGUGCCGUCGCUGCCAGCGCCGCGAGCAAGCGCAGCGAGUGCUUUGUCCACGAGCUGCGUCUGAAGCUCCAGUGUCGCCUCAAGUGCAGUGGCACGAGUGCGCUCAUUGGGAGCCUACCAACCGUCGCAGGCGACGUCAUGAACUGCGACGAUCAAGGGCCAUCGGUCUUUGCUCUUCCGGCCAACCAAGACGGACUCCACGUCACGCAGGCACUUUUGACGCACCUUGCCGCUCUCAAGGCCCAACUUGGGCCUUCGACACAAUGGAGCUCGACGAUGGCCGACGAGGUUUUGGACGUCAUCCAGAACGAAGCGUACGGGGCCGUGGACGGAAUCAUGCCACGCUGUGGGGCGCCGUGCCCACAUUGCCGUUGCCCGUGCACCAAGGCGCUGGGCCAUGCGUCCACGAAAGACGACGCUCUCCACGACACCUACCACCAACCGGAAGGCCUCGUUGGUGUGUAUAUGGUACGCUCGCACGAGCUUGUGUACCGAAGCUGUGCGACGUCUGUCGUCGAUGAUAUCAGCAUUGCUUUCGCGAGCGGCAGCCGCCCCUACAAGGAGUUUGAGGCGAUUUACCCGGGGUGGGCCUUGCCGCGCGUGACCAAGUUUCUUCCACUGCGCGAGUACAUCUUCAAACAAUGCCAGUCCGAGCUCUCGCAGAUGCACAACAAGCUCAAGUGCACCACGAUUCCUGCCUCGUACGACCACAACCUCGCCGACAUCGAGAAGCAACUCGUGCACCUUCUUUGCUAGCGACUAGGUUUACACCUACAACACAAUAUACCUUGUCUGGCA